AUUUGACUGAUUUGACAAAACAGAAUUGUUGGCUUAAGUUUUUAAUUCUAUUCUGAUUUGAGACUACAAUUGUGAAUAAGAAUAAAGAUUGUUGAACAGUAUAAUUUUAAUUUGCAAUGGAUUACCAUUACGAACAGACCAGUGAGGUUGAGGCAUUGGAUUCUAUCUAUUACGGCGAUAUGAAAAUUUUAGAGACUGAGCCAUAUCAUAAGUUUUCUAUACCUAUAAUGUCGGAGGGUUACGAAGACGGCGGCGAGGGCCUUAGCUGUCAACUUACUUUCACAUACACAGCCAAGUAUCCUGACGAGUUACCAAUUGUUGAGAUCGAAAAUGAAGAGAAUUUUGACGAUGUGGACAAGAAUCAAUUAUUGGAAUAUUUAAUGGAACAGGGUAAGGAGAAUAUUGGCAUGGUGAUGGUGUUCACCUUAGUGUCGGCAGGGCAGGAGUGGCUUAAUGAGAAAUGGGACAGCAUGAAAAGAGAGAAAGAAGAAAGGGUACUUGCUAAAUUAAGAGCAGAUGAGGAAGCAGAACAGAAAAGAUUUGAGGGCACAAGAGUGACGGUAGAAUCAUUUCUGGCAUGGAGAAAGCAGUUUGAAAAUGAUAUGGGCAUCCCCGCCAAAAGGGAAAGAGAGGGCAAAGACAAAAAUAAACUUACAGGAAAAGAAUUAUUCUUGAGGGACACAACACUCAAUGAAUCUGAUCUUAAGUUCCUUGAUGAUGGUGAUGCGGUCAAAGUUGACGAAUCCCUAUUCCAAGACUUGGACGACUUGGAUCUAUCGGAUGAGGAUGAUGAAGAUUAUGUGCCGGGUCAGAGUGGCAGUGAGAGUGAUUAGCGAACAAUUACGCGCACAAUCACCGUGCGCCAGUGAUAGACUUGUUUGUGCGUUUGUGAUGAGCUUGGCGUGUUUGUGAAAGU